CCUUCGCCGCCGCCAGUGGUUCCGUGCGCGCGCGCUUGCCGGAGUUCGCCCGCCCCAGCGGCGUCAGUCGCGUCACGCCUGCGAUUCGGGGUCCGCGGGAGUGCGAGGGUCCUGCCGCGUCGUGGACCGCGAAAAGCGAGCGAAAAGUGGGCCCGGGAGCGCGCCUGCGCCUUGCACGGGCGCCGCCGGCGAAUUCCUGGCCGCGCCAAGCCCGCGUACGGGACCGUGGCCGUCGACGCCACUGCGCGGCCGCAUACCGGGCCAGGAGAAGGGAGCGAGCGGGCCCUGCCUUGGAGGGGGGCGGAUGCCGGAGUGGCGGCCAUGUUGGUUUGACGCGGCCUUAGCCGCCGCUUUGCGCGACUUUCCCGGGUCCCUUGGGCCCGAAGGGCCCUCCGUCCGCCGCCUCGGAAGUAGGGUCGGGUCGUCGCCGUGACCUCCCUUUGGAGGGCUGUCCUCUCGAGGCGCCCGUGCUCCGCGAUCCUCCCGAUGGUCCCUAGGCGGUGGAGGGGACGCGCGGACCUCGCGGGUGGUAGUCGGGCCCGGCGGUGAGUCCCGCGUGCGCACCGCGUCGAAUCGGUCCCCGCGCGCGUCCCGCCGGAUCGUCCGAAAUCUCGAGGGACUUCAGGAUGAGGGGCGCGGCUCAGGACACGGCGACGCCGUACUGCAGGUGCAGGGUCCUGUACCUGGGCAGUUCGGUGCCGCAUGCCAGCAAGGAGGGUCUGUUAGGGAUCCAGGAACCCCUGCGGGAGCUGUAUCCGGAACAAGGGGCCCUGGGGGCCAGAGGCAUCGACUCCUGGCUGAGUGUCUGGAGUAACGGUCUCUUGCUGGAAAACGUCGACGAGCACCGCAAGAAGGUCACCAGGUUCUUCUCGAUCGAGGCGCUGCACUACUGCGCGGCGGUCCGGCACGUUAAAGGCGGCAACGGUAAUACCUCGGCGACGAGGUUCCUCCCGCUGGACUCGCCCUUCGCCAGGACCCCCAGUGCGAAUCACCCACCGUUGUUCGCGGCCGUCUUGCGGCGCACCACCGGCAUCAAGGUGCUCGAGUGCCAUGCGUUCAUCUGUAAGCGCGACAUGGCCGCGAACGCGCUGGUCAGGUGCUGCUUCCACGCGUACGCGGACAGCAGCUACGCGAAGGGCCUGGACCCGGCGAGCCCGACGGCGACGAGCAACGGCGCGGCGACCGACUCGCCGCGCCAUUCCUCCGCUAGUUUCUACCACACGCUGGGCAGCGGGCCCGGGGCCUCGGCGGACAGCCCGCAACCGCGACUCGAUACCUCCGCCGACGACCUCAGCCUCUACAGCGGCGACGAGAACCACAAGGUGUGGGCUCGAAGUCGAGACGAGAUGGACGGACCCUGCCAGGAGCAGCAGGGAACCCUGCGCAGCGCAAGAGGCUCCCGACCUCGCCAGCUGGUGGCUCCUCCGCCCCCACCGCCCCCGCCGCCCCCUCCCGCGCAGCCCCUGAUGGUCGACGAGUCCACCGCGAGGAGGAAGGCCGGCAAGAAGCCCAAGAAGCGCAACCGUGCUCACGAGGAGGCCCUGCAUCACCAUCUCCACCACGCCCAGGCUCUCUACACCAACGGCCAUGGCCAUCACACCCUGGGUCACCCCGUCAGGCAGCACUACCAUCCGCAUCAGCCGCCACCCAGUAGCCGCUCUCUCGCGGGCACCCUCGCCAGACCGGCUGGACCCGUCCUCCUGGUUCCGGCGGCCACGCUACCGCGAAAAGCUCACCACCAUCACCCCCGGGGCAUCAGACCCAUCCCUGCGGCGGCCCCCGUCGUCCCCGUGUAUGCCCCCCUCCCCGUGCCGCCGCCCCCUACCGCGAUCUACGCCCCCGGGACCUACGGCACCGCCGGGAGCCGGGGCAGGAGGCACCAUCCCGAGGCCUCCCAUGAUCCCUCGGCCCUGGUGGCCUCUGCGAGGCUUACCGCCUCGCACGCUGACCUGACUGCCCCGGAACCCCUCGCCGACCCUGCCGACAACGACUCCCGCUUUGGGACCGGGAUCUAUCGGCGCAAGGGACACCUCAACGAGCGGGCUUUCUCCUACAGCAUCCGGGCGGAACACCGUAGCCGGAGCCACGGGAGCCUGGCCUCCCUCGGAUUCGCUGGUCAAAAUGGACUGCCCAAGGAGGAGAAGAAGGACCGAGAGAUUGCUCAGCUUGUGGCCGGCCUCAAUCUCGAGGACUCGGCCCAGGAACGCGGCCAGACGCCCAACGGACCCUACCUUAGGGCCCCCAAUGCCCAUCACCGACACGACCAGCAGCAACCGCAGCCUCUUCCCAGGCCCCGGCCCCGUUAGUUUCGGGCCUUUCGACGGUGUACACGGUGUCUCUGAUCUAGGACUUGCGGGGAAACGGGACGUUGGGUCGUCCUGGACAUCCGCUAGAUCUUGGAUGCGCGUGCCGAAGAGGACCUUGGGGGGGCUGCUCGAUCCUAUU